AGCACCUCAGAAAGCAAAGAAAAAAACCCCUCUUUACUCUCUCUCUACAAAUCAUACUCUCUGCGCUUGCCGGAGUUGUUUUCCGAUCGCCUGAAACUCACCGUCGUUUAACAAUCGAUCGAUUAAAUUCAGCAUAUACAUACACCUAUCGACACAGAUAAUGGAUGGUUAUACGAGUAGCGAAGAAGAGAACUGUUAUUCUGAUCGAGACUCUUUCGAUGGUCUCGAUAACGAAGAGUCUGAUUCUCAGUGGGUCCCACCUAAACCUUCAUCUAUCAAGGUGAUUACUAAAGAGUCUCUCUUGGCAGCACAGAAAGAAGAUUUGCGCCAGGUUAUGGAACUGUUAUCUUUGAGGGAGCAUCAUGCACGGACUUUGCUGAUUUAUUAUCGAUGGGAUGCUGAGAAGUUAUUCGCGGUACUUGUUGAAAAGGGAAAAUCUGCUUUGUUUGCUCAGGCAGGUGUACCCUUGGUUGAAAAUCAUGAACUUGAUACGUCUAUGAAUUCCUCUACGGUCAUGUGCAUUAUUUGUAUUGAGGAUGUAUCUGGUCGGGAGGUUACUAAAAUGGACUGUGGCCAUUGCUUUUGCAACAAUUGUUGGACAGAGCAUUUCAUUGUGAAGAUAAAUGAGGGACAAAGUAAGCGUAUUAGGUGCAUGGCUCAUAAAUGUUCCGCCAUUUGUGACGAAGCAGUAAUUAGAAACUUAGUUAGUAAAAGGCACCCUGAUUUAGCAGAGAAGUUUGAGCGUUUUUUACUGGAAUCCUAUAUAGAGGAUAAUAAGAUGGUAAAAUGGUGCCCAAGUAUCCCACAUUGUGGGAAUGCUAUACGUGUCGAGGAUGAUGAAUUCUGUGAGGUAGAAUGUAAAUGUGGCCUACAAUUUUGCUUUAGUUGUCUAUCUGAAGCACACUCACCUUGCUCAUGCCGUAUGUGGGAGCUCUGGUUAAAAAAAUGCAGAGAUGAAUCUGAAACAGUGAAUUGGAUUACAGUUCAUACAAAGCCUUGUCCAAAGUGUCACAAACCUGUGGAGAAGAACGGUGGGUGUAAUCUUGUCAGCUGCAUCUGUGGGCAAUCUUUUUGUUGGCUAUGUGGUGCUGCAACUGGUCGUGACCAUACAUGGUCAAAUAUUAGCGGCCACAGUUGCGGACGAUUUAAAGAGGACAUGGAGAAAAACUCUGAACGAGCAAAGCGGGAGCUCUAUAGGUAUAUGCACUAUCAUAAUAUGUACAAGGCCCAUACAGAUUCUUUUAAGCAGGAAUCUACACUAAGGGAGACCAUCAGGGAGAAGGUUGAGAAUUUGGAAAAGAGAGAUCCGAGUGCAAGAGAUUUUACUUGGGUUACAAAUGGGCUAUACAGACUUUUCAGAUCCAGGCGUUCUCUCUCUUAUUCUUACCCAUUUGCGUAUUAUAUGUUUGGAGAAGAGCUGUUCAAGGGUGAGAUGACGGAAAAGGAACGGGAGAUAAAACAGAAUUUAUUUGAGGACCAGCAGCAGCAGCUUGAAGCAAAUGUGGAGAAGCUAUCAAAGUGUAUUGAGGAGCCACUUGAUCAGUUACCUGAUGACCGGGUCAUGAAUAUAAGGAUGCAAGUAAUUAAUCUCUGUGUGAUUACUGAUAAUCUGUGCCAGAAAAUGUAUGAAUGUAUUGAGAAUGAUCUAUUGGGUUCUCUCCUAUUUGGUAUUCACAAUAUAGCUCCAUACCAUUCGAAAGGCAUUGAGAAGGCAACUGAGCUUACCAUCUGUCAUAAUUCUAAAGCCUGUAAUGCUAAAAAAGCUGACGACAACGGAUGCACAUUGGAAUCACAGGGACCAUCAGGUUCUGGGAGUUCAGAUCAGAGUGGUUAUUCUUCGCGGAAGAGACCAAGAAAGGAAAAUUUUGGUGCAGCAUUUUUUGAUCUCAACUUGCCUGCAGAAGUCUUGGAAGGAAAUUAAAUUGAACUUAGAGCAGUUGCUUCUUUGAACAGUAAGAGCAAUUCUUUUGUUGUUACCCUAGCAUAAAUUGGAUGAAACAAGAAAUGUUUCCCCUUCUGAGAUAAAAUGAAAAAAAGAAGGCUAGAAUCUUGUGUUUUUGAAAUUUGUUCUUUCGUUGCAAGAUUAUAUAUAGGCAUAUUUAACUUUAUGGGUGCUAAAUCUGUGCAUUCUAUUGGCAGAGACAAGACUUGCUACACAUCUCUAAUAUAAGGGUUCUAGUCUCUUGCUACACA